AUGACAUCCAUGGAAUCCGGUACCACUACCACCGGUCACCAAGAAUGGGAACGGGAACGGGGAAUGGGAAUGGGCAAUGGGCAAUGGGAUGGCUCUGCAGAGAAAGAAAGAAAGCAUUUCCUCGGACAUCGCGAACGGCUUGAAACCUCCUGUCUCAGCCACAGAGCUCCGAGUCUUGUCUCUUCUCUGCUUCCCACACUUGAUAGGCACGCACCCGUCCAGACUCCAGACUCCAGACUUCAGACUCCAGACCGCAGACCGCAGACCGCAGACCAGUUUGCCCGUUCGUCCGCUCGUCCGUUCGUCCGUUCGCCCGUUCGCCCGUUCGCCGAUGGCCGGUUGCGAUCUGGACCUUUUGUCUUGCCACGCCACCGCUCACGACCUCAUCCCCUCUUGCAAUUACCUACUUCACCAGCAGAGGCCUCGCUUCGCCAUAAUCCUUUCACUCGUGAAAGCCGGCCAUGGAGCUCGGAACUACUGCGAGUCAUAUAUCUCUAUCCUGCUCAUUUCCUGAGAGCGACAGCCUCGGCGUUGUUACCGUCCUCGUUGAUGAUGAAUGGAGCAUCUGAGCAGGAAAGUGUCAGCUGUCGCUCACCUUUCCAAAUGCGUCGGAAGGGGUUGAAGGUCACAUCUGGGCGCUCAACCGCCCCCGGGUUAUAG